AUGUCCUACGAUUGUGCAACCUACCCAGCCUUCGACGCGGCGUCGACCGUCGCGCCGCCGGCCUACCACAUUCCUUCCGAAUACAACCUCCGCGCGUGUAUUGCCGCGCCUAAUGCCCUGACCGCCGCGUGCUGCUCGGGCGCCAGCAUCGGGCAUGGCGGCACGGAGAACCAGUGCGGCUGGACCGUGUGUCUCACGGACGCCAGCAACGAGCAGUUCGCCGCGUGUCUCACCGCCAACGGUGCUCCGGGUGCUAGUUUCAACUGCGCCGACAAGAGGGACUACCCCAGCCCAGAGCCCUCUGUAACUGCCACCACCUCGUCCACAUCCGAGCCACCGGCCACUCAGACUCCCUCGUCCUCGUCGAGUGACCCCCAGAGCACGCCCUCAAGUGCCAGUUCGGAGCCAAUCCCCUCCGAGUCUCCCAGCUCGGUGCGUCCCAGUUCGGCGGCUCCCAGCUCGUCUAGCGUCGCCUCUUCGUCUAGCGUCGCCUCUUCGUCUAGCAUGUCGUCGUCGGCUGGCGGCAUCCUCCCCACGUACACCGGGCCUGGUGCGCCCCCUCCCGCCCCAGCAGUUCCCACCACCGUCGUCUGGCUCACCGUGACAUCGUCGAGCGCGUCGAAGAGCACCGCAUCUGCCACCCCCACGCCCAAGAGCGGUGCAACCCAGCGCACUGUCGCCGGCGCGUGUCUUGUCAUCGGCGCUCUCAGUGUGCUUGCCUCUCUCCAGUAA